AUGCCUGUGUUGGUCGCUCCCUGUGUCGCUGUGCCUGUCAAGCCUGCACCACUCAAGAACGUGGCAGUCGCUGGCUCCUCCACAGCAGCAAAAGGCAAGGAAUUGGUUACUACCACCAAGACCACUGCCGCCAUCAAAGGCACCUCUUACAAAACAGUCACAAAGACUGUUUUCAAAGCUGUGUCUUCGGCUGCCAAACCACCUUCCAAGGCAUCUUCAGCAGCAAAAGCACCACCCUCCAAACCCCCUUCCUCAGCACCCCUAAAAUCCACAACCUCCAAACCAUCCAAGAAGUCUUCGUCGCAAGUUGCCGCAGCAGCAGCUGUAGUUACUUCCAAAACCGUGGUUUCAGCUUCUACAUCCUGCAGCAAACCCUCUUCUGCAAACGCCUCCCAUGCCUCCUCUGCAGCCAAAAGCACCCAAAGCCAAAAAGCAGCAAAUAUCACAGCGGUAACUGCACCUAUUCCUCCCUUGCCAGGCAUGAAAUACAUCUAUCCCAAACACCAUACCUGUCUGCACAUUAUCCUACGCACCAAAGUGUGGGAAAAGAUGUUGUUGCUGCAAACCUUGUGGCCAAGACGUUUUACGUGCCUUGUGGGAUGA